AUGGACAUAUUUUUGGAGAAUCUGUUUACUUGCUCGAUUCUUCAAGUGAAUUUCCUUUACUCCUGUUCAACGGAUGGCAUUUUCACAGAGCUGAUCGAGUCCGAAUAUCGCCCUUUUCGGAUUAUCCCUCAUAUCAUUCCAAUUGUUGCUAUUAUUGUCAAAGAUGAGACGCCUACGGUCAUUACUAGCGAGUUAGGAGCCGAUUGGGUCGAUCUGAACACUGUACUCCGUCAUUCCUACAGUAAUAUUGAGCAAUAUUCGCAGGUUCACAAUUUUGUAGUGGCCUCGUUGGCUGACGUCUACUACCAGUUAAAUUUGUUGAAAUGUUACGUCAUCGAGCCACAGUUCUUUUGUGAUAACGUCUUCUGGCUGCUGUGUGAUCCUUUUGUCACAAAUGUUGACGAAUGUCCUUAUGAAGAUUUUGCCUAUCAUAGGUUUGUUCAGUAG